AUGAUUAUUUACAAGGAUUUGGUCUCCGGUGACGAAUUAUUAUCUGACGCUUAUGACGUUAAAUUAGUCGAUAAUGUCAUUUACGAAGCUGACUGUUCUAUGGUCAAAGUUGGUGGUGAUGAUAUUGAUAUCGGUGCCAACCCAAGUACUGAUGCUGGUGAUGAAGAUGGUGUUGAAGAUGGUUCAGAAGUUGUUAACAAUGUUGUUUACUCUUUUAGAUUGCAACCAACUGCUUUUGACAAAAAAUCUUUCAUUACUUACAUCAAAGGUUACAUGAAAUAUAUCAAGAACAAGUUGCAAGAAACCAAUCCAGAUGAAAUUCCUGUUUUUGAAAAGGGUGCCCAAGCUUACGUUAAGAAGGUUUUAGGUUCUUUCAAAGACUGGGAAUUCUACACUGGUGAAUCUAUGGACCCAGAAGGUAUGUUAGUUUUGUUGAACUAUCGUGAAGAUGGUACCACUCCAUUUGUUGCCAUUUGGAAACACGGUAUUAUUGAAGAAAAGAUUUAA